UAAGUUUUAAGGACGAGGAAACCCCACCUAAGGGCGCCAUUAUGAGGACAACAGUGCACAUCUUCAUGUUUUCUGUGGUUAUGAUGUUGGGCCUUUCUGAAGAUGCCCCGAAAACACUUCAAAGAGGAGGCUCUCGCUACAGAACUCCCAGACCGAAUAACCCAAAUCACCGUUUUCAUCAGUUGUGCCGCAAAGCGCAGAAUCAGUACAGAGUCAAACAUCACGCUCCACCUUUGAAGACCAACUCAACGUUGUACAUACUGGCUCGUGGAUGGGCCAAGAGACUUGCAAUACAGGACGAUACAAAAAACGUUACGCACCGACCGGGCAAAGGCCUCGGAGAGAAUAUCUAUUGGACGACUCUCAGUACACCGCCGUAUGAAAAGUAUGCACAAAUGGCAGUAGAUAUGUGGUAUGAAGAAAAUGUGAAAUACAAUUACCACCAGGGUGGUUACUCAGCUGCCACCUCUCAUUUUACACAGUUGGUAUGGAUAUCAAGCACUCAAGUGGGAUGUGGCUAUAGCGUAUCCAGCUCCAAAACCCUUUAUGUUGUUUGCAACUACUAUCCCCAAGGGAACAUCGAAGGAAAAUAUAAAGAGAACGUCAAACCACCCUCGACGUACCAUUAA